AAUGACUGCGCUGCGAUGCCCAUAUUUCUACACUUUGGUCUCGAUACAUCUAAGGCAGAGUCUCCAUUCUCGACAUAUGACGCGUUUAUCCCGCUUUUGUAGCGUCUCCUGAGCAAACACUGAAUGCAAGUUGAUGUACAGAGCCCUGAUGUGUUCUUUGAGGCCAUCAACAUACGGAAUCGAGGAAUCUCACAGCUUCCCGAGCGCUACAUAGGCAAAAGCCGUAACUAUUGCUUGCCGGCUCCCGAAUCCCGAGCUGAGAGACUGACCGUGAAGGAAGUUGUUGAAGACGCACUGCUGUCUAAGCUCGCAGCGUACAUCCGUAACAUCACCGAUGGCGUCGACUCCGCGUUUGUUUACCAGGCACUAGACACGAGCGCCGGAAGGAUCGUGUGUUUUACCAGUGAGAUUUCACAGCAUAAAAAACCGGCACAGAUCCUCAACGGUUUUAUUCAAUAAUACUGGAUUCGAUUCUGCAACCAAUCGCUUCCGCGUCGAGUGGUAAGCUACUCUUCUAGCACGGAGGGCGCACAGUGCAGAAAGUGGCCCUGGUAAAUCAUAAUUGUAAAAUAUUUGCUCUUUCAACUUCUUUGAGUCUUUCUCCUAAGCG